AUGCUCCCUCUGACUCCCCUCCGAUGCGAAGGCCGCCGGUCCCGAGCGAAUGCGACAGGGCCCCAGGCGCUGAGGCGGGCGGAGAGGUCUGCUUCCCAAAGGUGGCCAGGACCCCGGGGCCUCGCCGGCCCACCAGCGCGCCGCGGCCUGAGGACGACUUGGGACCCUCGGGGAGCGCCUACCUUGCGCGACCCAUAUACAAAGCCCGUGCGACUCGCAGGCAGGAGGGAGUGGCUGAGCAGGUUUGGCUACCUGCCCCCACCGGACCCCGCGACAGGGCGGCUGCAGACGCAGGAGGAGUUGUCCAAGGCCAUCGCCACCAUGCAGCAGUUUGGCGGCCUGGAGGCCACUGGCAUCCUGGACGAGGCCACUCUGGCCCUGAUGAAGACCCCGCGCUGUUCCCUCCCUGACCUGCCCCCUCUGGCCUGGGCUCGAAGGAAGCGCCAGGCUCCGGCUCCAACCAAGUGGAACAAAAGGAACCUGUCGUGGAGGGUCCGGACCUUCCCACGGGACUCAGCCCUGGGCCCUGACACGGUGCGGGCGCUCAUGUACUACGCCCUCAAAGUCUGGAGUGACAUCGCCCCGCUGAACUUCCACGAGGUGGCCGGCAGCACCGCAGACAUCCAGAUAGACUUCUCCAGGGCCGACCACCAGGACGAAUACCCCUUCGACGGCCCUGGCGGCACAGUGGCCCACGCCUUCUUCCCCGGAGACCACCACUCUGCAGGGGACACCCAUUUUGACGAUGAGGAGGCUUGGACCUUCCGCUCCUCUGAUGCCCACGGGAUGGACCUGUUUGCAGUGGCCGUCCAUGAGUUUGGCCAUGCCAUCGGGCUGAGCCACGUCUCCACCCCCAGCUCCAUCAUGCAGCCAUACUACCAGGGCCCCGUGGGCGACCCGCUGCGCUACAGGCUGCCCUACGAUGACAGGGUGCGCGUCUGGCAGCUGUAUGGUGUGCGGGAGUCUGUGUCCCCCACAGCACAACUGGAUACCCCAGAGCCCGAGGAGCCACCCCUACUGCCAGAGCCCCCCGACAACCGUUCCAGCACCCCGCCCAGGAAGGACGUGCCCCACAGGUGCAGCGCCCAUUUUGACGCAGUGGCACAGAUCCGUGGCGAAGCCUUCUUCUUCAAAGGCAAGUACUUCUGGAGGCUGAACCGGGACCGGCACCUGGUGUCCCUGCAGCCAGCGCAGAUGCACCGCUUCUGGCGGGGCCUGCCGCUGCACCUGGACAGUGUGGACGCCGUGUAUGAGCGCACGAGUGACCAUAAGAUUGUCUUCUUCAAAGGAGACAGAUACUGGGUGUUUAAGGACAAUAACGUAGAGGAAGGAUACCCACGGCCCAUCUCGGACUUCAGCCUCCCGCCGGGCGGUGUGGAUGCCGCCUUCUCCUGGCCUCACAAUGACAGGACUUAUUUCUUUAAGGACCAGCUCUACUGGCGCUAUGAUGACCACACUCGGCGCAUGGACCCUGGCUACCCUGCCCAGGGCCCCCUGUGGAGGGGUGUCCCCAGCACGCUGGAUGACGCCAUGCGCUGGUCUGAUGGUGCCUCCUACUUCUUCCGCGGCCAGGAGUACUGGAAAGUGCAGGAAGGCGAGCUGGAGGCGGCGCCCGGGUACCCGCAGUCCACGGCGCGGGACUGGCUGGUGUGCGGGGAGCCAGCGGCCGGCGAGGCGGAGGCGGAGGCGGCCAGAGCGCAGCCCGGGCCGCAGGGCCGCGCGCAGGACGGCCUCGCCGUGUGCUCCUGCUCCUCGGCCGCGCCCGCGCCGCCCGCCUCGCUGCCGCCUCAGCUGCUGCUGCUGUGCGCGCUAGGUGCUGCCCGGGCCGGGGCGCGGUGAGCCGCGAGGCCGGGGACCCGCGGACGCCUUCCUUCCCGCCUGAGCGGCCGCCUCCUCGCAAGGGCGCAAACGCGACCUCGCCCUGCCGCGUGGCGCAGCGGAGACCCUGCGCUUGGUGGGGAAGGGGCUAAUAGAUGGCCCUCCUGGCGUCCGUUGCCACCUUCCCGUGCGCUCCUUCGAGUCCCCAGGGGCCAUUGUGCCCUUUUCCCUGGGAAAGUAGAGGCCCAGCGGAAAAACUCGGAGUGCAGGGCACGCUCUGGACAUUCAUAGACACUUGUCACCCACUCAUCCAUCUGAUCCAGUGCCACCUGCUGGGAGCUGGAGCCACCUAAAGAGGGGGGCUUAUGUCUACACCCAGUGGCCACUCAGGACCUGUCUGCCAAGCGCACAACUGCCCCACUCUAGGCCAGUGUCCAGGCCUUGCUCUACCCAGUCCUCUUAUCCCAGGCUCCCAGUCUACAGAGCCCUGUCCCUCCUGCCCAGACGGAAAUCAGGACCCUUGUCUCCAUUGCCUCCCACCAGCUCCCCUCCCUGCCAGAGAGCCUCAUCUUCUCUCUGGACAUGCCCAUCCACUCCCUGGGCUGCAGAGGGGCUUUCUCACCUCUGGACCAAAGGUGGGGUUCACAUAGGAAGAGGAGAGUGGCCAGGGGUGAGCAGGGAAGUGCCACCUCUGUGACAAUGUCUUCUCCAGCAGCAGCACUGGGAGGUGUGGAACCUGCCCUGGAUCUGGAGAAGCAGGAACCCUGCAGGAGGACCUCCCCAUCUGCCUGCAGGCCUCCAAGGGGAUCAGGAAGGAGGCCCCUGAAUGGAGGAGGGAGCCGGAGUCCCAGCCUGUGGGGUGGGGAUCUGAGGCACAGGCACCUGGGAGACGGCACUCCAGAUGCCAAGGUCCUGGGGUGGGUCGGGCCUGCUGGGCUCCAGCACUACAAGGGAUUUGCCCUUACAGCAUGGGAAGUCAGUGGUCACCCUGCAGCUAGGGCGGGGCUGAGAGGACCCUUUCACAGGCAGGAAGGCUUCUCCCUUCACCAGAUUUUCACACUUCCUGGUUCCAGGGGCAGAGGCCAGCCCAUAUCCUCCUGCCCCUCCCCAAGCCUGGCACCUCCUGUGUCCAUCUGUCCCCCUGUGCUCCCUGGAGCUAGGAAUGACCCUGCUGUCGGGUCAGACAGGGUGGCCUGGGGGGUCUCUGGGAGACCUGUCCCCUGGAAACGCACCCUCCUGUUCCUCCGCAGCGCCUUCCACACACGUAGCUCCUUCAGCCUCCUGCCAUGUUGUCCGGCAGCCUGUCGAGGAGAUGCCCUGUGGGUCAGGGGCAGCUCUGAGGUCCCUGGGCUGGUGUCCCUCGGCUGCGACUGCUGCAGUCUCACUGUUAUCCUGACGUCCACUCUCUAAUAAAACUUUUCUACGCCAGCUGGCGAGCA